GGCAUUCCCGAUGGACGCUGGCGUGAGGGCUGCUCUGGGGCUUUCCCUCACUGGCAUGUCUGGCCUCAGCCUUGUGUCCCCUGCCUGGUUCCAGAGCCCUGCCUUCUGCUAUGGUGUCUUUACCUACUGCUCCUGGCCACAAGGUGACCGCUGGAACCAGACCUGUUUGACCUUUGGGUCCCUGAAGGACAUGCCAGGCUUGGCCUGGAAGGUCUCAGCAGCAAUGCUCUUGGGAGGCUGGCUUUUGCUGGCCAUCAGCGCUCUUCUCCUUUCGGCCUGGGCACUGGCCCCAAGAAGGUUGCAGCCCAGGAGGCACUUGGGUCCGACACCUGUGGUGCAGGCAGCAGCAGCAGCCUCCACUCUUGUAGGUCUGCUGGUUUUCCCAGCCACUCUGGCUUCCCCAUUUGCCAAAGAAGUCUGUGAGGGCUCCACCACAUACCGAAGCGGAACAUGCUGGCUGAGCUGGGGCUAUGCCACCGCCAUCCUCAAUGUGGCCCUGACCAGCCUGCCUGUCGUUGGAUGGCCUCAAAUGACCACAGUCCCAAGGACAGCUGUCCCCUUUUCCGGGGACACUCAGGGAAUCAUUCUCGUGCCAGAAUAAGAAAAUGAGCAUCACCAGGAAAAGCAAAAGACAAACAGCCACAAUCUCUACAGUCGAUGAAGCUGCUGCAUACUCAGGUUCAAAUUCCACCUCGCCUGCUUCCACGCUGUGUGACCUCGGGCAAAUCACUUUCCUUCUCUGGACUCAUUUAUUCUUUGGUACAGUGGAGGUUGGCAGAAUGUCUACUCUGUGUGGAUGUUAUGAAGGACUUUGAUUUGCCAU